ACAAGCACUUUACAUGUUUUUAUUAUAAGAUUAUUUUUUCUAUUUUAACUCUUAUGUUAGGGGUUACCAUUGGAGUAUUAGUACUUGUAUGGCUUGAAAGAAAGAUAUCUGCUGCAAUCCAGCAACGGAUUGGACCAGAAUACACUGGUCCUUUAGGAGUAGUCCAAGCUUUAGAGGAUGGGAUUAAAAAAAAAUUAAAGAAGAUAUUUAUAGGGGUUUUUUUUUUGAUUGCUAUUUCUAGUAUUGUUCCUAUUGGACUUCUUAUGGCUGGUUAUGGGGCAAGUAAUAAGUAUUCAUUUUUAGGUGGUUUAAGAGCUGCUGCUCAAUCUAUUAGUUAUGAAAUUCCUUUAGCUUUCAAGUGUUUUAUCUAUAGCUCUCCGUGUGAUUCGUUUAAGUACUUGAAAAAUUUUGGUAAUACAAUUCACAAAAUAACAGGUACCAUCCACGAGAUCUACCCGGCGGGCACCAGACCAUCAUCUCAUGAUCUCGGCAGGUUCCUCAGUGGUUAACGGCGUGAAUACAGAUUUGCACUGGACAGCUCGGGAGUU